UACGUUUCGACGGCUAGGACCGCUUUCGGGGCUAAUUUCUAAGCUAACGCGAAGAAUUUAAAAUAAUAUAAGAUAAAAUAAUACCUCUAGUACAACUUAUUCAAUUUGUAGUGCACAUCGUAGUUAUUUUCCAUUUUGCAAAUGAGCCUAUUUUGGUAUAUAUUGCUUCCUAGAUGUUAUCCUGCCUUCCUUAAGCUGUGAGCUAGUUAUGCAGCUAAUGCUAACCAGGCACAACCACAGCUCGUCACGGUCCUGUUCUUUUCUCCAUUAAAAUAAAAAUAGCAAAUCAUUAAAUGUCCUAACGCGUAAUGCGUAGUUAUCUAAGCAAUCAACCUAGGCUACAGUGGAUAUAAAUGUUGUUUUGGUGAGCAACCGACAAGCGCACCGAGAAUAUUUAUGAUCAGCUAAUCAAUUAAAAUUCUAUUAAAGGACCUAGGGUUAGAUUUAAUUUACAGAGAUACAUAUUUAAAUUGAUUAUUUAAAGAAAAUUACAAAGAUUUUGUCACCUUGACUAUUUGCGCCUUGAUAGUUAUCUGAUCACUCUGAUUAACCCCUCUUCUGGACAUAUGCACCUCGCAGAUACAGGUCUUAUCGGACAGCCUAUGUCUAUUGUAUUUACUUGUAUCACAGUUUACAGAGUAUAUAUUACACAAACUGAAACGAAACGUGUGUUCCAAAAUGUGCAGUUCUUGGUAAAAUCGUUCACAAAUUUUUCGUUUUACUGGGUAUUUAUUUCCAAAUCCUUUAAGACAAAAUGGGCACAGAAGAGUUUGUCAUUUGUCAAUUUAUCACCUCCAUUUUGUAUCUUCAACUGGGGCCGUUGGUAGACAUGGUCAUGCUGAAUAAGAGUAUUGUGCAGUACUUUUAUUAAAGUAGAUUAAGUUCAUACACCACUAAUCAAAAUCUUUUUGUCGUCCCAAUAAGAAUGUCAGAAGGGGACAGUGCUGGGGAGUCAAUCCAUGGGAAAUCUUCUGUUGUGGCUGCCUUUUUCACACGAGUUGGACAGGUCUAUCAGUCAUGGCUAGACAAGUCAACACCAUUCUAUGCAAUGCGAUGGGCAGGAACUCUACUACUUACUCUUGUCUACAUGAUCAGAGUGUAUCUACUACAGGGUUGGUAUAUAGUAACAUAUGCUUUGGGAAUCUACCAUCUCAACCUGUUCAUUGCUUUUCUGUCGCCAAAAGUGGAUCCCUCACUGCUUGAAGAAGAUGAGGGCCCAUCCCUUCCCACCAAGCAGAACGAGGAGUUCCGCCCUUUCAUCAGGAGGUUGCCUGAAUUCAAAUUCUGGCAUUCAGCGACAAAAGGCAUCGUCAUCGCCAUGAUUUGCACAUUUUUUGAUGCCUUCAAUGUGCCAGUAUUCUGGCCUAUACUUGUAAUGUACUUCAUCAUGCUCUUUUGCAUCACCAUGAAGAGGCAGAUUAAGCAUAUGGUCAAGUACAGAUACCUACCCUUCACACAUGGGAAGAGGACAUACAAAGGCAAGGAAGACACAGGGAAAGCUUUUGCUAGUUAAAAAACUCCCACUCUCCCUUCCUCUUUGUUGCAUUUAAAAUUUAUUGGCCACAGCCAUUGGGGAAUGAUGAGGGUUAGAGAUGUAUUUUCUUUUUGUCAGUUGAACAGUAACACGAAAACAUGAAAAAUACAAGUUUUGAUCCACAGUGUUCUCAGUGUUGGACAAGGAUAUGAGCAGCAUGGAUCAAAUUAGUCUAAAAAUCUAAAAUGCUCCCUUUGUCUAUUGAGGGUUUUUUUUUCUGUUUGUUUGCUUUUUGGGGGCUUUUUUUUUGUUUUGUUUUUCAAGAAUUGUUCUGCAGUUACUCAGUAAUAGUUAGGACUAAGUGCUACCUUUUGCCUUUCUAACCCUAAAGAGUAACAGUAAAGUCAUCAAAACUGAAAGAGAUUUGCAGUAAAAUGAGUGAUUUUUUUUUUUGUUGUUGUUUUGUUAUGCUUUGUUUCCACUGGUUUAUUCCAGUACACCCCCUCUCUAAAAUUCACUAACUUUUAAUUCAUGUAAUUUCUCAUUUACGAAAAUAUGAUAAAGUUGUUAACGUGAUAUCAGAUGGAAAUGCAAGAGUCUUCAAAUUAAAAAUUUUCAUCUUUGUGAUGAGAAUAUCCUGCUGCUCUGACUUAAAUAUAUCUGGCACUUGUCCUUUGUUCUAAAUAAAGAUACCUGGAAAAAUUGGCUGCUUUUUACGUGAAUAUGCAUUCAUGAAGCCCCCCCCCAAAAAAAAAAAGAAAAACAACCCCAAAACAAAACAAAAAACUUCCUGUUAAUCUAUAAAAUGAAUUGCAUCCAGCCAGCACAAUGUUUAAAAACUUUGAUUGUACAUUUGAUUUGUUAGCUACCCUGUAUAAUUGUGUAAUUCAAGGAGAGUGUCACUAAUCCCAGAUAACUUAGUUGCCUGUAGUCUGCAGUCAUUCUUAAAUCACUUAUUUCUACUUUUCCGCCUUCGUAGAGUUUAACUACUGGGAAACUGGGAUGGAAAUCAUUUUGGGUGUAAUUACCCCAGGGAGAUAAAUUGGGUGACUGAGCAAUUAAAAUGGCAAGUCAAUGAAUUUGCUUUACCUCAGAUUUGUAGACCGUUAAGUGGGUAUUUAUUCAAAACAUAAUGUGUCCUAAAGUGCAUAACCAGUAUUCCAGAUAAAUUCAUAAUGUGGCUUAUUUGAGAGCAGUCAAUCAAGCAAGUUUAUUUCAAUGACCCCAUCUCUUUGAAAUAUUUAGCGAUCUUUGUUUCAAAGACUGAGGCUCAUUUGGAAUUUGUACACUGGCUGUUGUUGUCUUUCACAUUCUGUGUAAAAUCUUUUAAGAGUUGUGGUAAAUGUAGUCAUUCCAAGCAAACUGUUGUUCUCUUUCUUUUUCAGAGGAAACAUAAGAAAACAGAGAUUGAGAGCUUUUAUUAAAAGAAAUGGAUGAAGUGGGUGGCGAUCACAUACUUUUCUAUGAACCAGUUGAUUUUUUUUUUUCCUUUUUUUUUUCUUUCAAAAUGCUGCAAAUCUGUGAUUAUUAAACUUUGAUCAGCACUGUAGUAAGGGAUCAAAAAAUUUCCUGUAAAAAGUUUGUUUCAAAAGGUUGUCUGGGUUUGUGUGUAUAUAAAUAUAUAUAUUUUAAAAUAUAAUUUUUUUUUUUUAAGAAUUUUUUUUCAUCCACCACCAUACUGUUUGAGUGUGAAAAACUAUUUCAGUUGAAGUUUAUGGAAGUAAAACUGCUAAAUUGGGUUCCAGAUCUGAUAAAUUAAAUGUUUUUCAUGGAUUGCAUGUUAUUUUCUUGUGCUACAGUUACAAACAGAAACUUGAUUUUAAUAACUUAAGUGUAAUUUUUUCACUCCAAAUGCUAUUAAAGAGGCUGUGUCCCUUUGAACAGUG